CUCCGGCAACGCGACAAGAACUCUCUUUCUCCUACCCAACCAACCCUCAGCACUGCCGAAGAAGAAGAAGAAAAACAUGACGGAACAACCGGUGUCAGUCCUCUUCGUCUGCCUCGGCAACAUCUGCCGCUCGACCAUGGCCGAGGGCGUGUUCCGCAACAUUGCGCAGAAGCCGCCGUACAAGGGCCUCAUCAGCAAGGUGGACUCCUGCGGUACAGCGGCCUACCACGUUGGCGAUCCCCCAGACUCUCGCACGAUGGCGACUCUCGAAGACCACGGUAUCACGGACUAUUACCAUGCCGGUCGCAAGGUGUCGCCAUCCGAUUUUAAUAAAUUCGACUACAUCUUCGCCAUGGACCGAUCGAACCUGCGCGACCUUCAGAACCUCCAGCAGCGCGGCAACCCGGACUCCAAGGCCAAGGUAAUGCUGUUUGGCGAGUUCUCGGGAGGCCGGAGGCCAGAGGUCGUGGACGACCCGUACUACGGCGGCGACGAGGGCUUUUCCAAGGCCUACGAGCAAUGCACGCGAUUUUCCGGCAACUUUUUAAAGCAUGUCUUCCCUAACAUCGACCCCAAGGCGUAAGGAACGGGCAGUUGACCGCAGGGGAAAGGGCGAGAGAGGGGGGGGGGGGGGCAGACGGGCUGGAGGGGAGAGGCGAUCGGAUGGCGCCGAGCUGUAAAAUGCAAUUGAAAGGCGACAGCAAUUGCAGCGGGGAUUCGAUCCGAUGUUGGAAAGAAGACGAAAAGUUUUUGUCGCCGGUGAUGAUCACGCCCAUAUCACGGCAUCGGGACGGGGCAGGGGAGGGGGUCCGGAGAGGUAUGGGGCGGGACGAUCUGACAAAUGGGACAGAGUCAGCCGCAUUGGUGAAAUGAAAAUUGCCG